CAGGCUACUUCAACAUGACCACAGAGCAGCGAAGGGAGAAGGACGUCUGCACAACGUUCGAGGAGCCUCUUUGGGAUGCGAUUGAAGAAGUCGUACACGUGCGAAGCCACUCUCGCUUCAGAGGACCUGGGAGGUGGCGGAGGGAGCGGAUCCGGGCGCAGCGGUGGCGGUAGUGAUGGGGGUGAAGGUGGAGGGGGCAACUUGUCGGGGCAGGGCCAGGGCGGGACCGGACCGAGGCUUGCUGGUGGAGGGAGCCGAUCGGGCGAGAUCGGUGGAGAGAUCGGAACCGGGGAAGGAGGUGUAGGAGGCGGUUCGACGAGGGGUGGGGGUGACGCAUCCGAUGGCGGUGGCACGGACGCUUCGGACACGAGUGGCAGGUCGCGCAGGACAUCGUCGGGUAGGGUGCGUGGCGACGCACCCGCAUCCUCAUCUUCGGCGAAGACAACCAUGGAGGACUCGGCGAAAACUCUUUGUGAAGGUCUCGACAAGGCUUCCAGAACACUGGCUCGUGCUACAUGCGAGGCAGCGGCUAUGAUGUCCACGAAGAUCUGCGACGUCGCAGUCCAGAUCGGAGUUGUUGCGGGUGCCAUGCACGAGGGGAACGCUGUUCUGCAAAGCCUCGUAGCAGUCAUGGCCGCCAGAUCGUCAAACUCCACAGGUGGGAGAGGAGAGAACGACUCGUCAUAAAAGGGACUGGCCGAUGUGGACAG